CCUUCGCCGGGAUGUAUGAGAGCGCCUGGCUCGGGCCGGCGCCCAAGUUUGCCUGAAAGCUGUGUGAGACUUGAUGGGGUGGAGCCCUUUGAGGCCCCAGCGACCAUGGCGGUUUUUCACGACGAGGUGGAGAUUGAGGACUUCCAGUAUGACGAGGACGCGGAGGCCUAUUUCUACCCCUGCCCAUGUGGGGAUAACUUCUGCAUCACCAAGGAAGAUUUGGAGAAUGGGGAAGACGUGGCCACGUGUCCUAGUUGCUCUCUCAUCAUAAAAGUGAUAUAUGACAAAGAUCAGUUUAUGUGUGGAGAAACAGUCCCAGCCCCUUCCACCAACAAAGAACUAGUUAAAUGCUGAAGAAGGCGUUAGGGUUCGCAACCCUACACACUUGGGAAAGCAAAGUCCCUUCUCUUCCUGGUGGCUGCCACUGUGAGGGUUGCUGUUCCCUCAUCUGCUCUUAAAGAAGUGAGUGCACAGUUUGCCUGGAUUUCAUGCUUAGACCUUUGGAUUGGAAAUGUUCUUAUUGUCCAUCUGAAUUGAAAGGAAGAACAUUUCUGAUCAUUGCUAGCUUGCUUUCUGUUUGACCAUUUGUAUAUCCUAUACCUAAUUACUUCGUUCUUUGAUAACAGCAUCAUCUACCUCAAAGUCACUAGGAUUCCUUAAUAAAAAGGGGGUUUUAUUUUUGAUUUGGUUGGUAAGAUUAUAAAAUUAGCUCUUUCUUUGACAUGUUCACUUAGCUGUUCAGAACUUUAGUUCCCUUGUCAGUUCUGCACUUCGGGUCCCCACGUGAAACCAGCACCUCAGUUUUGCCAUGCUCACCGGUGAAAACCUGUCAUUUCCAUUAUACGUUGUGCGGCCAGCUCUGGUCAUGAUAUUAAAGUAAAAAACACCGAGCUCACGAUUUCUCCAGAACUGAAAACAGUAAGGAAAGAAAGUCAAGAAGUGGCGUGUUCAAAGACUGUGGAGCUUCCCUACCAAUCUUCUGCAUGUUCCUUGAAAAUUGGGACAGGAUCAAAAGGAAAACUGCUGAAGGACGUGAAAUUGAUAACCAAAUAAGUGAAAGUUUUGCCAAAUUAGUGAGUUUAAAUACUUGAAAGAUCUUGUCAGGUCAGAGCAAAUAAUGUCUGUGUCUGGGUUCUUGUUUGUCUAUGUGUCUUUAGCUUAGGCUCAUGAAAUUGCAUUCCAGGUAUGGCUUACGUCUGCCUUCACAGUAUGCUCGGCAAACCCCAUGACUACUCCUAAGGGUAGCGUGGCCACAAUGACUCUCGCAUUUGCUAAAAAUAAGCUUGAAAAUGAAAUAUUAGGGCACACCUAAUAAACCUGGAUACCUAUAACCAAACCACACAUUUAUUCAGAGAAAUAUGGCCCUGGAGUAAAGGAAAUACAUAAAGAAAGACCAUCCGUCUUUUGCUGCAAGGCUGAGAGUAGCAACAUUAGAAUCACUUACAUGGAAAUUCAGAAAUUCCCUUUAUAUAUACGAUUUUGUGUAUAUAAUGUUAACAGAACUUACAGGAGGCUUUGGGACUAGCUCCUGCAAUUAGAAAACUAGCUCGCCGGAAUGUGACUCUCCUUUACUGGUAAAUGUGCCACGCACACUCUUAAAGGGUUUACUCUGAUAUGGUGAGAAGUCAUAACUGGGGCACUAACACCCCAGAAAUGGUCCACAGCUGUUAGGAACUAAUGAACGCUGAGAAGAACGAAGCAGGAUCCAUGCGAGCAGUGGGAAGGAGAAACGAACAGCCCCAUACACAGAUGAUGAUUUUGUAAAUAUCAGAGAUGCAUUAGUUGCCUCUGCUGCUGCUGAAUUGCAAACAAGGACACCUUGAUGGUCUGUGAGCAUGAAAGAGCAGGAGAAGUUGCCCGAGUCCAUCCCAGGUGAAGCAUAAAGGGCUCUAGCAAUCAGUGACCUGUGGUAAGCUGCCCUCAUGAGAAUAAUUUUAAGGUCAGAGCAACUGAGUCACUAGGUUUACUUUUACCACAAAGCACACAUCAGGAUUUAACACUCUGUGAGACAGGAAGUAAAACCAGGAUCUUUCAGUUAUGACUAGGGUUCUGGGGGAUUUAUGUGCCUGCCUUAAGCUCAACAGACAUUUCAGAGCGCCUCAGAAAUGGUCUGUAAUGCAGGCUCUGUCUUACUAUCUCGUAACCUUUGGCAAGGCUAGUGAGUUCCUCAUCUGUACAACUAGAAGAUGAUCAGGCGAUAUCUUUCAGAUUCAGUCAUCAUAGAUUGGAAGAGCUGAAGUCAUUGAAAUCUCCAUGAACUCAAAACGAAAUCAUGAUAAAGUGACUGUUCUUCAGUAACUUCAGUACUCACAGUUCUGAAUUUGGAAAUGGUCAAGUCAUCUGUUGAAAGGAAUUUUGUAUAUAUUUGAGAUGUUCAGAAAACACCCCAUAUUUUUGAUAAUUGUACAUAUUAAUUUAUUACCAGAAUAAAUUAUAUUGGCAUACUAAAUAAAGUCAGAUCAAUCAGAUCCAUUCGUUUUGAUGUAAUUUUUCUUCCCCUAAAUAACAUUUUGUGUUAAGUGGUUUUGAUGGAGUUUUGACUGAGGAGGAAGUCUGUAGCCUGUUUGGGGCAUGUAAAUAGUUAUUUUGGUAUAAAAAGCA